AUGUCGACUGGGGAUAGUCCACAAGAUACAGAAACGCAGAGAGUAUCCGGCAGCCUUGUUACUGGAUUCCAAGUAUCAUCAUCCAGUGAAGCACUUACGGUUGAUUUUCUUGAUACUACCUUCACAUUUCAUGCACAAUGGCUUCAUGAUGCACAGGUCGACGCUGGGCCGUCGAAAGAUGCAAUCGAUGUCUUCACCCAGAAGGGUGCAGUUGCAAGAAUCAGGAACACAAAACUGUCUGGACAGGAACUUAGGUCAAGUUUGGACGUUACUUGGGACGAUGGGUCGACUUCGUGCUUCCCAACGAUAUGGUUACGAGCGUUCGCUCCUUUGGUCGCGAAGCCUCACGAUUCAGAACAGAAGACACCCUUUGAGGCAUCACGCGGAUGGCUUCCAACCACCUUGAAGAUUCUCGAGUUCUCAUACAAGGAUAUCUUCCCCAAAGACCCAUAUUCAGAUACAUCUAAUGCAACGAAAGAGCAAAUUUAUGACGCUAUUUUGAAAAAGUCAUCCGCUGGGAUCGUUAAGGUGAUUGACCUUCCAGAACCAAAUCUAGAAGAUGAAAGGCAAAAGGAGAAUACAUUCGUAAUGCGAGUUCUAAAGCAACUAUUUGGGAGUGUGUUUCUGCAUCCGAUCCGGGGAACUGAAAAGACGUUCAAUAUAUCUUCACAUCACGAAGAAGAUGCAAAACGAGGUGCUAAUCUUCCCAAUUACAAUGCCAUAAAGGCACUUCUUCCGCAUGCCGACCACGCUCACUAUAUUCAUCCAAGCCGAGUCCAAGGCCUAUAUGCAUUGGAAGGCGAAAGUCAAAACACCUUCGUUUCAUGCUAUGCUGCCCUUGAAACUCUCAACUCCGAAGCUCCUGAACUUGUCAAGUACCUUAAGAGUGUUCCUAUGGUCAUUGGCCGGGUCGCAGACUUCUACGACCCACCUCUAUACCAAGCCACCGUCGACACAGCUAUAACCAUGGAGCCAGGUAUGCCAGAUCACGUCAAGAGAUUUCGUUGGCAUCCUCAUCUCGCCGGCUCACUGCUAUCACCAUAUGAUACUUUCGCCGAAGCUAGAACUGCAUAUCGAGCCUUUCAGGAAAUUAUGCGCCGCGACACACAUCAGCUCAAUGUCUUGUUCAAACCUGGAGAUCUUUAUAUCUGGGACAACUUCAGGAUUCUACAUGGAAGAGAACGGAUCUUGACGACUCCAAGGACAGUUGUGGGCCAGACAGUCCCAGAGCAAGUCGUGGAUGAUGCGUACCGAGUUCUCAAGAUGAGAAGGCUCAAGGGAUUCAUGGAUGAGAAGUGGUUGGUUCAUACUCCGUUGCAACAGCUCGAGGAAAUGGUGAGGCUGGCGGAGACCUAAAAGAUG